AUGGUUCUGAAAGUGAUGUACAUCAUCGAGUUGACCGACACCGAGGAGGGCGGCCUCGAGCUCGUCGAUCCUUCUUGGAGUGAGUAUUGGUUUUUUUUCCGGGUACAGCUGCGGAACGGGAAGCCAGCGCCGCUGGUGGCUUCUCCGUUACGGGAACUUCCGAGGUCACCUCCACCACUGGAGAUUUCGGCGUUUCCGACGCUCAGUCCGAGUUCAGCGAGUGGUCGGGCUCCAGGAAGAGCAGCCUCUUUCCGGGUUCGGCUAGGUGUCCGAUGUGAUGGGAAUAGCCGCAAAAGUUUUCAGAAAAAUCGAUAAAAUUUUGAAAAAGCUAUUUUUAUUAGGAAGAAGUAGCACUUAAGAAAAAUGAACAUUUUUAAAAAAUUUUGUCAGAAAUCUGCAUUUUUCCCUUGAAAUUCCUAUUCAUAUUAUUUUUCUAAAAAAAAGGGCUUAGGAAGAAAUAGCCAAGCUUUAGAUAACGUGUGCGCUCUGUUGAGAAAAAUUGACUUUUUUGAGCUUUUUUCAUCAAAAUCAAAACUUUCCCAAAAAAAGUGCUCAGGAAGAAAUAGCCAAGUUAGAGGUUAACUUGUGCGCUCUGUUGAGAAAAAAAUAGACUUUUUGAGAUUUUUUUAAAAAUCAAAAUGAGCAAUUUUUCCAAAAAGCUUAGGAAGAAAUAGCCAAGAAGCAAAUAACUUGUGCGCUCUGUUGAGAAAAAAAUUAACUUUUUUUCGAACAUUUUUUUCAUUAAAAUUAGAAAAAGUCCCAAAAAAAGAGGCUUAGGAAAAAAGAGCCAUGUUAGAGUUGACUUGUGCGCUCUGUUGAGAAAAAAAUCAAUUUUUUUGAUCAUUUUUUUCCAUCAGAAUUCUAAUUUUAAAAAAGUCGAUAUCAAGUUUUUUUGGUUCAUAAUGUUUCUUUAAAUUUCGAGCUUUAUAUUCUGGAAUUUGCGGCUUUCCUGUCACAUCGAUGUUGAUGUUGGUUUUGAGAUUUGUCGUGGUUUUUUUCGUGUUUUUUUCGGAAUCCCACUUUUUUUAAUAAUAUGUUUCGUGUAGUUUUCAAUCGAUCACACUGGAAAGAAUCGAUUAAUGAGAUUGAAAACAUUUUUUUGGAUUUUUUUUUCUUCAGAGAUGUAUUUUUUUUAUUUUUACUUUCUCUGUGGGUUCUGUGGGAGUGUUGUCCAGUGUUUCAUGUGGAGUUGGGUCUGUUCUCUUGUGGUUUUCGUGGUUUUUCCUGGUACAGAUGUUUUUUUGAAAAAAAUUCAAGAAAAAGAAAUAUUUUUCAAAUCAGGUUAAAAAAAUCGAUUUUCAAACGCUCUAGGAUUACAAAAAAACAGUUAUUUGAAUUUUGUUUAUGUACUUUGAACCCUUGUGACUGUGUUGGUCCCAAGUUUACCCUUUUUAAAUGUUCUUUGUUUAGUUUUCAUAAUUUCAAAGAUUACCACUCAAAAUUCAGGCCCGGAAGAAGGUGGACCACCUCGGAAGAAGGUCAAAUCGCCGCCGGUUAUCUCGCCAACGGGAAGUUCGACCAGCCUCUACUCCGGUGGCAGCAGCAGCAUCGAUUGGAGUCAGUUAAUUGAUCCAUUAAUUGAUCAUCAAGUCACGAAAAAUUAAUAGCAGUGUUAGGUCGGGUGAGGCUGAAUAGGGAUCAUUUUAGGUAGAAAAUUUGAGAGUUUCGAAGUUUUCUCAUGUUGGAUUUGCACUGAUUUCUUCUUUUUUCUCAAUUUUUCCAUCUUAGAAUCUUUUUAAAUUCCGGGUACAGAGGGGAAUCUAAGUAGCAAUAAUCGAUUGGAGCUAGAUUUUUUUGAUCAUUUUAUUAUUUUUUUUAUUGAAUAAUAAAGGUGAAGUAGGUUGGGCUAGUGGUGCUUUAGAAGGUUGGAAUUUUGCAGAAAAACCUCAAUUUUUUUGACAAUUUUUUUCAAGAAAAACCUUAACUGAUAUUCAUUUGAUGAAUUACGAAACCUCUAUGAAACUUCGAAAAAAAUGUUAUUUAUCCUAGAAUAGUUUGAUUCAAAGUUGUCUCUAAACAGUAUUCAAGCUCGAGUUUUUGAAUAGAGUCUUCUAUCUUUCAAAAAAAUCGAUAAUCUGCUCAAUGAUCAGCUAAUCAAUCGAUAAAUCGCGGUUUAGAGAUGAUCGGAAAGUUUUCAAUAAACUUUUGAUUGAUUUUUAUCAACUCUUUGGUGUUCUAAGUGCUACCUAAGUACUAGAGCUUCAUUUAGAUUUUUCUCUAUUUUGGAAAAAUCGAUAAUCUCUUUACUGAUCAGCCAAUCAAUCGAUAAAUCGAGGUUAAGAGGCACUCUAGAUAGUCGGGAAGAUUUCAAGGAACUUUUCAUCGGUUGAAAUCAACUUCUUAGAGUUCCAAGUGCAAGAACAUCAUUAAGAUUAUCACAAUUUUUGGAAAAAAUCGAUAAUCCCCUUACUGAUCAGCCAACCAAUCGAUAAAUCGCGAUUAAGAGGCACUUUAGAUAGUCGAGAAGAUCUCAAGGAACUUUUCAUUGGUUGAAAUCAACUUCUUAGAGUUCCAAGUGCUAGAACAUCAUUAGGAUUUUUCACAAUUUUCGGAAAAAAUCGAUAAUCCCCUCACUCAUCUUCUAAUCGAUAAUUUGUCCUUACGAGUAUUUUUGAUGGCUAGACAUACAUCCUUCUAUGUAUCCUUCUGAAAUAGUUAAUAUACGCUCUAUCUAUCUCUGAACAGUUUUCAAGCUUCCUUCUUUGAUUCUAAUCUUCAACCUAACAAAAAAAUCGAUACUUCCCUCACUGAUCAGCCAAUCAAUCGAUAAUCGCGAUUACGAAUUACAAUGAGUGACGCUUGGCCGAGCGGCCAGAAGGGCGACAGUUGUCUGGCUCGGCCCCGAGCAUUUUCUCAGCCUUCAAUGUUUUGUCGGGAUCGACGAGAGAGGAAAAAUAAAUAGCCUGGACAUUGGAUAGGUGCAGGCAAAAGGUUACUUUGAGGUCACUUUUCGAGGUUGGAAAAAGGGUUCAUGGGGAUCUUAGAAAGGCUGAAAUUGAGCUUUUAGAGGUUUUCCGAUUAAAAUGGGGUUAUGAAAUCAGCGAGUUUAGAAGCCUUAAUUUUAGGUCGAAGGGGAAAAUAGAGGCUUUUAGGUAAGAAUAAAGGUUCUAGGAAUAGGGAAGUGGAUUAACUGGGAGAAUUUUAAAAGCUCUUUAGAGUUUGGACACUCUAGGGGCCACUAUAGUGAUGGAAUUAGUGGCCACUUAAGUGGCUUUUUCAAUGAUCUCUUUGGAAGUGCAAGUAGUACUAUUGGAUCAGCAAAAAGUACUAUAGUGACCACUUAGAGGCAAAAUAAUGGAUUCUGUAGAGGUGGUUUUAGUGGCCACUUUAGUGUAGUCUUUGUGAAACCUCUGAAGUGACCACUAUAGUUUUUUUCUUGGAAAAUGUGAAAAUGAAGCGUUGAGAAGAUUGAUUUUAGAGGAACAGAGAAGUAAAAAAAGUUUUUUUUGAGAAAAAAAUGAACUCUUAUUUAAAAAAAUUAAACUUUGCUUGACUUCCCAUCAUCCGAAUCAACUUUUUAUUUGAUGAAACCGAGAAAAAAAUUGACGCAAAAACCAGAGGGAGAGCACUUGAAACCGCGAGUAUGUACAUCACAAACACAGAAGUGUCGCUGGCAAUUUUUUUUUACUUUUUCUGAGUGUAGAAGAUUUUUUUUCUAGUGAGGAACAGGACUGGCAGGGUCUGCUGAUUGGGAGGAUUUAAGAAUAAAAAAAAACGAGAUCAGAAAAAAAAAGGAAAAAAGCCUUUUUUGAACGUGUUUUGCGCUCUAUUGAUAAAUGAAAUCAGAACGAGAUCGGAAAAAAGGGAAAAUUCGAGGAAAAUAGCCGUUUUUGAACGGUUUUUGCGCUCUAUUGAUAAAUGGAAUAAGAACGAUGUCGGAAAAAUGGGAAAAUGCCAUGAAAAUAAGCUUUUUUGAACGUCUUUUGCGCUCUAUUGAUAAAUGAAAUAAGAACGAUGUCGGAAAAAUGGGAAAAUGCCAUGAAAAUAAGCUUUUUUGAACGUCUUUUGCGCUCUAUUGAUAAAUGGAAUAAGAACGAUGUCGGAAAAAUGGGAAAAUGCCAUGAAAAUAAGCUUUUUUGACCGUCUUUUGCGCUCUAUUGAUAAAUGGAAUAAGAACGAUGUCGGAAAAAUGGGAAAAUGCCAUGAAAAUAAGCUUUUUUGAACGUCUUUUGCGCUCUAUUGAUAAAUGAAAUAAGAACGAUGUCGGAAAAAUGGGAAAAUGCCAUGAAAAUAAGCUUUUUUGAACGUCUUUUGCGCUCUAUUGAGAAUCAGUUAUUAGUUUUUUUUUUUCAAGACUUUUAUUGAAAGAAUAUUCUGUACAGGCAUAUCCCUUUGAACCAAUGAAACGAGAGCGAAAAUGUCAAAAAGCUCUUUUUUCAUGUCUUUCGUGCUCUAUUGAUAAUCAAUUUAUUGGUUGUUUUUUACAAGGCUUUAUCACAAAAGAUAUGAUCUGUACAGGAACAUGUUCAUGAUUAACGGGAACAAACAAAAAUUUAAAAAGGCUCAUUUUCACAUGUCUUUCGCGCUCCACUGAGAAUUUGUAAAAUUACAUGUUUUUCUCCAGCAACAACUGGCACGACGCUGGAAAUGCAAGGAACCCGCGUGACGCGGACCCAAUACGGUUUCCGCACCCUGCAAGAAUCAUCGGCGAAAAUGUGUCUGAAAGUCACCGGCUAUCCCCUACCGGACAUCACCUGGUUUGUGUGGGGAAAAAAAUUCGAUUUAAAAAUUUUUUUAAAAAUACUCACCUAUUACUUGUAGUUUUUCACUUGAACUUGUCCUUUUUUUGAUUUUUUUGAAAAAAAUUUUUUUGGAUUCCUUACCUAAAAUCGACGAUUUUUCCACCUUUUUUUCUGUGAAUUUUUUUGACCUAGAUUUUCAGGAUUUUUUUACCUAAAUUUUAAAUUUUUUUCUUUUUUUAUUUGAGCUCCUUUUUCAUCUUAAACUUAGGUUUUCUACCUGAAUUUUCAAAAAAAUUUCACAAAAAAAUUUAGUGUUAUUUUCAGCCUUUUUUUCCAUAUAAAUCUUGUCUAAAAAUUUUUUUGAUUUUUUUCGAUUUUUUUGGUCGAUUUUCCUACGUAAAUUUGUGAAUUUUUUUCAAUAUUUCAGGUACAAAGACGACGUACUUCUCCAUGAGGACGAGCGCCACACUUUCUACUCGGAUGAGGACGGAUUUUUCGCCAUGACCAUCGACCCGGUCAAUGUAAGUUUCUGCGGAUCGUCUUAUUAUUGAGAUUUUUCAGCUGAGAUCGUUAAGUGCGCUUUUUAUAGUUCUAGAAUGAAUAAUUCGAUAAAUAUUGUACUUAUAUUCAGCCACAGAAAGAUGAUUAGCCGUUAGAAAAUAGCUUGAAAAAAUAGCCUCGUUAUUGUGCAUCUUGUGCGCUCCAUUGAUAAUCAGUGACUUUUCGAAAAAUUAUCUCUUUUUUUGAUGCUUCUCAAGUUUAUUUUUGAACUGUUAUGGAAAUUAUCAGUAGAGCGCAUUUGUUGAGUUUCUCAAGGCUGUUUUUUCCAAAGUGAAAUAAUUUUUUCAGGUCGACGACACUGGACGGUACACCUGUAUGGCGACGAAUGAAUACGGACAGGCGUCGACUUCGGCGUUUUUCCGAGUCUUGAAGGUAUUUUUUCGGGUCUUGAAGCGAAAAAUAGGAUCUUACAGUAACCUUGAGCUCAUUGUGAUGGUUUUUGAUCUUUCUAUGCAAAAAAUUGGAAUUUUGUACCGACAUUGUAGCUUUCUGUAGAGACGUAGGAACCUCUCAUUUUUGCCCGCUAUUUCUUCGAUCCUCUAGGAUCUACUAUAUCUUGAGCUGGCCAUGAAUGAACCUUGAUUUGAAAGAAAAUCAGAAGUUUGCUUUUCUUUGCAGGUGGAAAAAGAAGCUGCCCCACCUGCGUUCGUCACCAAGCUCAAGGACCAAGAAUGCAACGAGGGCGAGGUGAUCAACUUCGAGUGCGAGGUCGAAGGAUGGCCCGAGCCGGAGCUCGUCUGGCUCGUCGACGACCAGCCACUCCGACCUUCCCACGACUUCCGUCUCCAGUAUGAUGGGCAGAGCGCCAAGCUCGAGAUCAGGUUGGUUCUCAUCGAUUGGUAGAAUUUUUAGAUGUUCUUUUGAUGCUAGAAGUUGUAGGUUUUAUCUUGCUACUAGAACUUGUAGAUGUUCUUUCGCUUCUAGAAGUUGUAAAUGUUCUUCAGAUUCCAGAACUUGUAGAUUUCCUCUUGCUGCUAGGACAUGUAGAUGUUCAUUUUCUGCUAGAACUUGUAGAUUUUCUUAUUCUGAUAGAACUUGUAGAUGUUCUUUUGCUGCUAGAACUUGCUGAAACUGUAGAUGUUCUCCUUCUGCUAGAAGUUGGAGAUGUUCUCUUGUCACUAGAACUUGUAGAUGUCCUCUUCUUGCUAGAACUUGUAGAUGUUCUUUUGCUGCUAGAACUUGCUGAAACUGUAGAUGUUCUCCUUCUGCUAGAAGUUGGAGAUGUUCUCUUGUCACUAGGACUUGUAGAUGCUCUUUUUCUGCUAGAACUUGUAGAUGUUCUUCUUCUGCUAGAACUUGUAGAUGUCCUUUUGUUGCUGGAGCUUGUAGAUGUUCUUCAGAUUCCAGAACUUGUAGAAUUUUUUUGGUUCCUAGAACUUGUAGAUGUCCUUUUUCUGCUAGAACCUGUAGAUGCUAGAAGUUUUAGAUGUUCUUCUGCUCCUAGAACUUGUAGAUAAUCUCUUUAUGCUAGAAGAUCUAGAUUUUCUACUGCUCCUAGAACUUGUAGAUGUUCUCCUUCUGCUAGAACUUGUAGAUGUUCUUUUUCUGUUAGAAAUUGUAGAUUUUCUCCUUCUGCUUGAACUUGUAGAUGUUCUCCUUCUGCUUGAACUUGUAGAUGUUCUCCUUCUGCUAGAAGUUGUAGAUGUUCUUUUACCGCUAGAAGUUGUAGUUGUUCUCCAUCUGCUUGAACUUGUAGAUGUUUUUUAGAUUCCAGAACUGGUAGAUGUACUCAUACUUUUCCAGAGACGCUCAACCGGAUGACACGGGCGUUUACACGGUCAAGAUCCAGAACGAGUUCGGUUCCGUCGAGAGCAAGGCUGAGCUCUUUGUCCAGCCCGACCCCGACAAGAACCAUGUCGCCCCUGAGUUCCAGGUAAACAUGAGUAGCAAAGCUUGAAAAUAGUUCGUGAGGUUGGGCUCUAAUGGUGAAACUUUUCAGAAAGAUUUUUGGGUUUUGAAAAAAGUUGAUGAAGACGUUCAGAGGUUAGAAAGAACUUGAAAAAGAUCCGGAGCCAUUUUAGGCUUCCAAAUUGAGAAGUUUGAAUUUUUUUGAAAUUCUUGAGAAGGUCCUGAACGGACUUGGAACCAUUAUGGGCGUUUGGGGUUUUUUUUUUCGAGUUUUUUCAAGUUUUUGAGUUUUUUGAUGGGUUGAAAAGUUGUUGAGAAGCUCCUAAAUGAACUUAUAACCAUUAUGGGCAUUGGGGAAGGUUUCUUUUUCUGAGCUUUUUUCAGAACUCUCCAAUAGUUUGAAGUUUAGUCUAGAAAAAUCAAAAAUUUUUUUGAGGUAUAUAAUUUUUUUCGAAAAAUGAAGCUUCUAAAUGAACUUAUUUAAGAGUGUUAGAAAAGUUCUUUUUUUCAUAUUUUUGAAAGUUUAAAGUUUAGAAUGGUUAUGAGGACAUCAAGAAGCUACUGAACAAUUUCAGGCCUUGAAAAAGAAACAUUUUAGUUUCAGCUUCUUUGAAAGGGUUAAGAAGGGCUUUUUAAAGCUCCAAAAUGAAAAAAAUACUCAUUUAUUCUAUUCAGGCGAUGAUCGAAGACGUGGAAUGCAAUGAAGGCGAUGAAGUUCGAUUCAAAUCGGUGAUUACCGGUGACCCGAACCCUGAAAUCACCUGGUUCAUCAACGGCGUUCCUUUGACGGAAUCCGAAAAGGUUUUUCACGGUUUUUUUGUCUUGUAAUGCAAGUUGAAUCACUAUAAGACUGUCAUUUCUUUAUUUUUUUCAAUUAUAUUUCUUUUUUCAGGUCCGAUUCAUUUCGGAAGAUGGAAUCUGCAUCCUGACGAUCAAGGAUGUGACAAGACAUUUUGAUGGAAUCGUCACCUGUCAGGUAAAAUUAAAAUAAACUCAGAUUUACAAGGGCCUUCCAUUUUUUUCCAUAGGAAUUCAGAAAACCUGGAUUUUUUUAAGAAAUUUCAGAGUUGAAAUUGAUAUUUUCUUUUUUUCUAUUGAAAAGAGUACAGCCAAUAGCGGUUAAUUUUGGACAAAAUGUCCAUCACCACGUCUGGGUCUCUCUUUUUCGAACGCUGUCUCGCUAAACUUAAAAAUGAACAUUUUUUUGAGAAAGUUGUGGAAGAUACUACUAAAAAAACGUUAGAAAAUGGGCUUUUAUGACCAUUUUUCAAAUUUCCCAGGGCUCCAACCGACUCGGAACGACUUCCUGCGAUGGCCGCUUGAAGGUCCGCGUCCCACCGGCGCCGCCAUCCUUCACCCGACCCCUGGAGGAUAAAAUCGUCCAGGAGAAGUCUACUGUGAGCUUUUCCGGGUCCCUCAUGAGUAGAUAAAUUCAUUUUUCUCAGCUUUUUCCCAUCUUCAAUCUCCUGAGCUUCAUUUAAAAGUCUGCUAAAUCGUCCUCUUCAUUUUUUAGUUCGAUAAUUUUGAAUAGAAUAUUAAAUUUUUCUUGUAAAUUCCUGUUUCUACUGUUCUGAUGAUGUUCUGAGGUUUCUACUGUUCUGAUGAUCCUUCCAGAAACUUUUUUCUGACUAGAUAGAUGCCCAAAAAGUUGAAUUUUCCAUUUUCAGGUCGUUUUCGACGUGGACGUUGCUGGAUGGCCAGAACCGACCGUCAUUUUCACCUUGUGCGGAAAAGAGGUGCGUUUUUGAGGUCCUCAUGGGAAAUAGGAUUCAUUUUUACAUGGGGGUGGUCGUACAGAAAAAUUGACAGAAUUUAAGAAAUUUUGAAGAAAGGAAUGGGGCCCUGAUAAUAAGACUUCAUUAUCAAUCAAUUAAUCAAUCGGAUUAUUUUUUUUUUUGAUCAGUGGGAUAUAAUCAUACGUCGGCUGGACCCCGCCCCGAGGUGGGUCCUACCCCCCUUCCUAAAGUGCCUGCUACCCCCCGAAAAGUACGGUCUUUCUCAAUACAUUUUCAUCCAGCCAGCCUAUAGAUGGAUAAGAUCGACUAGGCGGUGCACAAAAAAACUUUUGAAGAUAUGACGAAUAACCGCCCUUGGUGAACUAGAAACCUAAACGUGUAGUUGAUCAAUCCCCCCCUAAAAAAAGUGCGGUCUAUCUCAGUAAAUUUUUCAUCCAGCCUAUGUAUAAUCGACCUGCACAAGAAAUUUUGAAAUUAUAAUGAACAACCUUUGGCGAUCUAGAAGUCCAAACGUGUAGUUGAUCAAGUUGAAAGCAUGGUCUUCUCUCUCUCGCCUUGAUCUUCUGCGCUUAGUCUAUCCAGUUAAGCCUUGACGAGCUCAGAAUGUAGCGGAUCUUGUGCUGAAGACCGUAGAUGGUUUUCUAGAAGCUUCGGAAAGAGAGGUAAAAAAAACGGAUCCAUUUCCAGCUGAAGCACGGCGUCGACGGCGUCGAAGUUGUCGGUGCGGAUGGCGCUUACCGCGUCGCGAUCCCCAACGUCGCCAUCGACCGACACGAUGGAGAAAUCGUCGCGCGAGCUCAGAACGAGCACGGCACGGCGGAGAGCAGGGCACGGCUCACCGUCGAGCAGCAGGUAGACCUCGGGAACUUUUGGUUUCGGAAAUAGAUAGAAAUAAUGAGACUCCUCUUCGAAGCUCGACGGUACAAAACUUAAAAGAGCCUCUUUAUCAUUUUUGGCUCGAGAGUCAUUUUUUUCAACAUAAACCCAUUCCAAAUGCGGCCAUUGAUCAGCAACACGUUUUUUUUUCAGGAAGAAGAAUCUCGCAGCGCUCCGACCUUCAUCAAGGACAUUGAAGAUCAGGUAACUUAUGAUGCUCGCAUUUUAAAGAUCUAUUAGGCCGAGAUGUAAUGCUCGCAUUUUAAAGAUCUAUCUGCUAGAAUAAGUAUAAAAAUCUUAUUUUUGAGCCUGAGAAAGAUAGUUCAUUCAUGACGAUCUAUAGGAUUUUUCCACGUAUUUUUUGAUUUAAUGGUGUCCAAGUAGCUAUGAAUGGACUAUUAUCAGUUUGAGUUAAGAUAUAUGGAACUUUGCAGUUUUAAAGAGCAGAAAUCGGUUCUAAGAGUCAAAUAAGUUUCAAAUCUUUAAGAGAGAGCUAUAGAUGAUAAAUUACCAGAUUAGAUAAGAUUUUUAAGUUUGCGAAGCACCAAUCAGUCAAAAAAUCAAUGAAAAUUCCACAAUUUUCGACCUUUUUUAUAAUUUCUUGUUGCUUUUAUCCUCGUUGAUUUUCAAAUCCCUCAUCAAGAAUCAAGUGGAAAAAAAAGCAUGCAAGGUCCUCGUCUCCACAUCUCGUAGGUGGGUCGGUUGUAAUUUCGGGAAGACCUCGUUUUCCCGAGGUGGCGCCUGUCGCCUCGAAAAAGAGAUCAAAAACAUUUUUGUUUCCAAGCUGUUUCCACACAAAUUUCUUCUUCUUCUUCCUCUCUUCUUUUUUCUGUUGAUUAUUGAUUAUUUUUAUUGAUUGGUUGUUGAUAAGAUGAUUAGGUGGACAUUUUUUUAGGAUUUCUAUAGGGUAUUGAUUUUUUCUUUGGUUUAUUAAGGAUAGUAUUGAUUAUCGAUUAUUUGUAUUGAUUGGUUGUUGAUAAGAUGAUUAGGUUGAUUUUUUUAGAGUUCUAGGGAAAUCAUUUAUUGGGUGUUACUGUUCAUCAUCGAUUAUUGCUUUUGAUUGAUUGUUGGUAAGGUUAAUAUAUUAGUUUAUUUUGUAUUACUAGUGUAAAAAGAAUUUUUUUUAAUGAUCUAUUGAUUGAGAAUAUUGAUUAUUUUAUUAAUGAGGAGAGGAUUUUUUGAGGUGAUUCUGUUCUGGUAAACCUUGAACUUUGUUCAUAACUUGCUGUAAAGUAGUUACCAUCAAAAAUAAUAGUAUCUCUUUUUCUCUGUUAAUUAUCGAUUUUUUGAGACACUAAUUGAAAAAAUCACAUUCCAGAUCGAUAGUUGAAUAAUUAUCUGCCCAGCUAGGACUAUUUUGAAGUUUGAGGAAGAUUUAUCCUAUAUUUUCCUGCUUAGGGCUUGAGAAUUUAAUUUACCGAUUUUUAUCGAAUUGAUUGAAUGAUUUCUCAGUGAUUUGAUAUGGAGACCGAGAUGUUAGGUGGAUCAUGAAGCCAUCAUCUUGAAUCAUUUUCUUUGCAAAGUUUGGGCUCAAAUUUACUUUUAAAGGGUUUUUUUAAACUAUCCUUUGGUUCAGCGCUUUCAAAUUUUUUUCAUUUGGUGAUUGUGUCAUUUUUAGUUGAAUCCAUCAGUUGAGAAGCAUUUUCUUUACGUUACGUAUUGAUUUAAUCAGCUUAAUUUCCCGGUUUCCAGACAGUUAAACACGGCGAGCCGGCCGUGUUUGAGACGACCGUCCGCGGAAAUCCAAACCCCGAGGUCACCUGGUUCAUCAACGGGCAUAAGAUGGACCCAAGCAGUCCAGGCGUCAAAAUUGAGGUUCUAAUCAAGUUUUUGAGCCGAAAAACUCGUUUUUCGUCCUUUUUCAGUAUUCAUCCAAUUUUUAUCUGUGUAUUGAAAUUUUCAGGUGAUAAACCAUGACCACAAGCUGACCGUCGACUCGGCACAGUACGCGGGCACCGUUCUGUGCAGGUAGCCUUCUUUUAUUGAUUUUAUUCGGAUAAGGGAGUUGAAAAAUGUAAGAAGGUAGAAGAGCUGUGAGUAAAAUCAGUUCCCUGUUUCAAGCAUUUUGUGGGGUUUUGUUCGUAUUUGGAAAUUACAGCCGCAGAUUUUGAGGAUUAUGUGCUCUAUGGACAAUCUUUGUCUUUUCAACUUUUUGUAGGGAUUCAAGGUGCCGUGUCCAGAGUAACUUCUGCGAAAUUAAAAUCAUCUCUGACUCUCCAAAAUUUAGUUAUCUUUUCCAAUCUCUGAUGGUUCUUUUUACAGGGGCCUUAUAGGUGGGACCAUGCUUUUUAGGCCUUUUUUGGGUUUUUAUUCUUCUUCCGGCGUCGGUGCCCCAAAUCGAUUAGCGGGAGGGGGUGCUAUCCUGAUAUCAGUGAUCUGUCCGUCCUUGUGUGUAAGGGCUGGGGAUUUCGAAGUCGUGGCUCCCCAAUACCAGCAUUUCUUAUACCCCUUUGUUGAGUCGAGGCGGGGAUCGAACUUGUGACCCUGUGGACCGUAGACAGGCCCGCAACCUGUUGAGCUACAGCUUUUCUGAAUUCUCAACAGUUUGAACUUUCCAGAGCCGAAAAUGUGGUCGGCCGAUUCGAAACCAAGGCUCGUUUGGUGGUUUUGGCACCGGCGAAGCAGAAAAAACCGCCCAGGUUCACGGAAACGCUGGUCGACAAGACCGAAACCGAGGAGAAUACCGUCGUUUUCGAGGUUUUCCAGAGAUUCUCUGACGCCUAGGGGCUUUUUUUUAGGGUGUAUUGUAGAAUAAUUUUGAAAGUCUGAAGGGGUUCUUUUAGGGAACUUAGCUCCUCACACAGGCAAAGUCCAAAAGACCUCAAAAAUGCCUCAAAAAUAAGAGCCGAAAGCUCCUUUUUGAGUUCCUAAAAGGUCUCAAAAGUUUCUCGGAAUCUGCUUUUUUUCACCGCCCUCUUUUUUCUACACCUCCUUAAAAGGUCCUGUUGAGAAAAAAGGCAUAGAAAAAGGCGCCUUUUUCAGACCUUUUGAACUUUGCCCGUGUAAGGAAGCUAUUAGAAACUUUAAGGAAAGCUCAGGAUUUGAUUUUUGGCUUUUUCAGUAGUCUUAUUAAUUUUAAACAUGUUAUUUUGAGGAGUAUUCUUGAAAUAUUGAUUUUUUUGGAAGGUCUGAAGAGUUUUUUUGCGACUUUUUUUAGUGGAUUUUUGAGUUCUUUACUUCAAAAAAAUAAGUUUUUUUCGAAGUCAAUUACUAGAAAAAAAUCGAUGAUUUUCAAAGUUUAAUGAUUUUAUUUUUUUGGCUAUAUCAUGGGAUUUCUAGUCCUAUUAACUUUUUAAAAAUAUAAUAUUAGAAGAUUGUUCUUGAAAUAUUGAUUUUUUUUACGAAGGUUGGAAAAAGUUUUCUUGUGACUUUUUAUGGGUCCUCGACUUAAAAAAAUGAAAUUUUUUUGAGGUCAAUUACUUCAAAAAAUCGAUCAUUUUCAAGGUCCAAAGGGCGUAUACUUCUAAUAGUUAGACUCUUGGAUGGAUUUUCGAAAUGGUUUUCUUAGAAAAUGGGACAUUUUCAAGGUCCGAGUGGAGGGAGAACCAAAACCGGAGGUCACCUGGUACCUCAAUGGACAGGAACUUGUGCAAUCUGAGGUGGGUCUUUUUUUCUUGUUUGAAAAAAAAAAGGUUUUUGUAGAUUCAAUAGUUUCGAGCUAAUCUACAUAGAUUUACCAUAAUUGUUUUAUUCAAUUCCGAUUCUAAUGGUUAUAAAUUCGAUCUUUCCAAACUUUCGACGCUGAUCCUUUCCUUACAGAGAAUCGAAAUCCGCGAAUUCGACGGUUCGAUCAAACUGCAAAUCAAGAACUUGAAGCUGGAAGAAACGGGUGAAAUCAAGGCGGUCGCCAAGAAUUCCGAAGGUGAGGACUUUUUGAAAAAGCGAGCUUUCCGAAGUUCUUUAUACAUUAUUCAGUUCAAAACUCCUUAUUUUUGAAUUUUGUUCAUCUCUUAUUUCUUUCUGUUAAUGAUAAGCUUGCAUGUAGGAAAUCUUUCCAAACAGUUUGUAGGCUUUGAAAUUUGGUAUUUCUACUUUUUUAGAAACAUGAAGAGCUGUUUUGCUUUUUUGUCUCAUUUUCUGCUUCCUGUGACAUUUUCAAGCGUCAAACUUAAGAUUAAGCUUAAAAAAUUGUGUUGCAAACCUAUAUUUUAGUUGAAAUUAUUCAAUAAAAUUGCCUUCAGGUCCCUUGAAAGACUGCACCUUUUAGCCAUGUAACAGUAUUCUUCAAGAGAUUUUUGAACUUUCAACUCCAUUUGGAAUUUCGCGUUGUCCUUGAAUUUUUUUUGACGUCAUCACGUAACCCCCUGUGAAAAGUGAGUACCGAGUACCAGCACAUGUAAUCCAUCUAUUUCAAAUAGAAUUCAGAUCGAUUCAUAAGUUUUUGAGUUUUUUAUGACCCGAUUUAUCGAUCGCUCGGGCUGGGGAUAAGAAAUUUCCGAUCAACUUAUCUUUUAAUAAAAUCAAGAGCUCAAUAAAUAACUUCUUAAAAAGCCACCUGAAUGAAUAGGGGGGGGGGAGGAGGGAACGAAAGUGACAAACACCCUCUCGGACAUUGGUAACGCGAAAUGGACGUGCUCCGGACGUUUCUGGGCGAUUCAAGGGAUCACUUAAGAGCGUUAAGGCUACUUAAGUGGUCACUAGAAAUGCCCCGACACGUCCGAUUCGCGUCCCGUUCGCGUUACCAAGGUCCGAGCUGUUAGCCCAUCUAUGUCUCUGGAGCGCAAAUAAUCAUGUUCUAAGGUCAUUUAAAGAUUUCUUUCCUACAUUGUCCCAUUCUCUCUUCAUCCUUAAUUCUCCGAGGAGCUUGAAAAACCUUCUUGAGGUCAUUUUGAAGACUGUUUUCUUGAUUCCAUUGAUCCCUUACGAAGUUCUAAUCAUCAUACUUCUCAGCAUUUCAAGUCAUUUUGUUUUCCGUUCCAGGAUCCGCUGAAACGUCGUCAAAGCUGACGGUAACUCGGAAACCGUUCGCCCCCGAAUUUGACCGCCGACCGCAGAACGUGACGAUUGAGAGGGGCAGCGAGGCCAAAUUCGAAGCUCAUGCUCUCGGAGUACCUGAACCCACCUACACCUGGUCCAUCAAUGGAAGAAAGGUGGGAGUUCUUUUAUUUAUUCAGGCUUGAGGCUUUGAAAAAGAAACUUUCUUGGUUCAACUUUAGGGACUGCUUUUUUCAAAUUAUCAUUAUUUUGACUUGCUUUGAGAAAACAGAAUAGCUGUACAGUUUGCUAGAGCAUCCUUUUAGGGUUUAAGAAACUAUUUUACGAAAUCUUUUGAAUUUAGGAGCCUUUUAGACUUGUAGAGUCUAGAGAAAAAAACUCUUGUAGAAGUUGCAAAACUCUCGAUACCUUGAAACAGUAAUGUUGCGUUUCAAAGAAAUAAUUGUGUCUCUGAUUUCAUCCAUACAUUGCUGUUUCAAUUCGAGUUACUUCAAAAACGCAAAUGUUCCCUAGAGCGUACUUGCCUUUCUUUUGAGUCCUGUGAAGUAACCUCGGACGCGCAUUGAACCUGUCGGAGGCUUCUAGUGACCACUUUAGUAGCGUCAGCACGCUUAAGUGAUCCCUAGAAUUGCUCAGAAACUUCUGGUUACGAGACUGUUUUGAAUAGUUGCCUUCAUAAAGGUUUUUUGAACCUUUGCUGGUUGGAGCAGUACUUAUUGUAAUCAUGAAGAGAACUACUCGAGCCCUUCUGGCCUUCAGCUUGAAAAAAGAUUUUUUUUUUUGAUGGACCGUUUUUGAUCACUUUAGUCAUUUUUAGGUGCGCGAGAGCACAGAAGGCGCCCGCGUCUCGACGAUUGACGGCGGUGUAUCGAUUUUGACGAUCGACACGUCGAUCCACUCGGAAUCCACGACCAUUUCUGUCGUCGCAGAAAACAGCCUCGGGGCCGACGAGACGGGCGCUCGGCUUGUCGUCGAGGAGAAGAAGGUACCAUUCUAUUUGGAUUCAUCUGAGUGUUAG